AUGGGCACUAAGGCAGCCACCGUCAGAGGUCCCGGGGAGACCCCACUACACAGAGCUCCCAGCUUGGUACUCCUGCUGCUCACGGCGAUGCUAACCACAGGCCUGACCCAGUCACCGGUCCCUGCCUCGGCUCCGCGAGGCUUCUGGGCUCUGUCUGAAAACCUGACGGCCGUGGAAGGGGCAACAGUUACGCUGCGGUGCGGGGUCAGAGCUCCUGGCAGCGUGGUGCAGUGGGCAAAGGAUGGGCUGCUUCUGGGUCCGAACCCCAGGAUCCCGGGCUUCCCAAGGUACAGCCUGAAAGGAGAUCCUGCCAAAGGUGAGUUCCACCUGCAUAUUGAAGCCUGCGACCUCAGUGACGAUGCAGAGUACGAAUGCCAAGUCGGCCGCUCAGCGAUGGGUCCCGAGCUCGUGUCUCCCAGAGUAAUCCUCUCCAUCCUAGUUCCCCCAAAGGUCCUUCAGUUGACCCCGGAGGCAGGAAGCACAGUUACUUGGGUAGCCGGGCAGCAGUACGUGGUCACCUGUGUGUCUGGGGAUGCCAAGCCGGCACCUGACAUCACCUUCAUCCAGGGUGGACGAGCCGUAGAGGACGUCUCCUCUGACGUGAACGAGGGGUCCAAGGAGAAGCUUUUCCUCACAGAAGCUGAAGCCAGGGUGACACCCCAGAGCUCGGAUAACGGGCAGUUACUAGUCUGUGAGGGGUCCAGCCCAGCUUUGGACUCUCCCAUCAAGGUUUCUUUCACCAUGAAUAUUCUGUUCCCCCCAGGACCUCCCGUCAUUAAUUGGCCAGGCCCUGAUGAGGGGCAUGUGCGGGCCGGGGAGAACCUGGAGCUGCCCUGUGUGGCCCGAGGAGGAAAUCCACCUGCUACCCUGCAGUGGUUGAAGAAUGGUAAUCCGGUGUCCAUAGCUUGGGGCACAGAGCAUACCCACGCAGUGGCCCACAGCGUGCUGGUGAUGACCGUGCGGCCUGAAGACCACGGAGCUCGGCUCAGCUGUCAGUCCUACAACAGCGUGUCUGCAGAGACCCAGGAGCGAAGCAUCACACUGCAGGUCACCUUUCCCCCCAGCGCUGUUACCAUCCUGGGAUCUGUAUCGCAGACUGAAAACAAGAACGUGACUGUUUGCUGCCUCACGAAGUCCAGUCGCCCACGGGUCCUGCUGCGGUGGUGGCUAGGUGGACGGCAGCUGCUGCCCACGGAUGAGACAGUCAUGGAUGGCCUGCACGGUGGCCACAUCUCUAUGUCCAACCUCACACUCUUGGUGCGGAGGGAGGACAACGGUUUGACCCUCACCUGCGAGGCCUUCAGCGACGCCUUCAGCAAGGAGACCUUCAAGAAAUCUCUCACCUUGAACGUGAAAUACCCUGCCCAGAAGCUGUGGAUUGAGGGACCCCCGGAGGGGCAGAACAUCCGGACUGGGACUCGGGUGAGGCUGGUGUGCUUGGCCAUGGGAGGCAACCCAGACCCCUCCCUCACCUGGCUUAAGGACUCCCGCCCGGUGAGCGAGUCUCGGCAGCCCCAGGAGCCCCGGCGUGUGCGGCUGGGCAGCAUGGAGAAGUCCGGCAACACGUUCUCCCGCGAGCUGGUCCUGAUCAUCGUGCCAUCGGACAACCAAGCCAAGUUCUCGUGCAAGGCGGGUCAGCUCAGCGCGUCCACGCAGCUGGUGGUGCAGUUCCCCCCAACCAACCUCACCAUCCUGGCCAACUCGUCCGAGCUGCGCCCAGGCAACGCCUUGAACUUGACCUGCGUCAGCAUCAGCAGCAACCCCCCAGUCAACUUGUCUUGGGACAAAGAGGGAGAGAGGCUGCUGGAAAACGUGGCUGCAAGACCCCAGACCGCACCGUUCAAAGGUUCCGCGGCGUCCAGCAGUGUUUUCCUCCGAGUGUCAUCCCGAGAUCACGGCCACCGGGUGACCUGCCAGGCCCACAGCGAGGCACUUCGUGAAACCGUGAGCGCCUUCUACCGCCUUCAUGUGCUGUACCCCCCAGAGUUCCUAGAGGAGCAAGUGCUGGCAGUGACCGCGGUGGAACAGGGCCAGGCGCUGCUGCCCGUGUCCGUGUCGGCUAACCCGGCCCCGGAAGCCUUCAACUGGACCUUCCAAGGCUACCGCCUGAGCCCAGCUGGCGGUCCCCGGCAUCGCAUCCUGUCAGGAGGGGCUCUGCAGCUCUGGAACGUGACCCGAGCUGACCAGGGCUUCUAUCAGCUGCACUGCCAGAACUCCGAGGGCACCGCCGAGGCCCUGCUGAAGCUGGACGUGCAUUAUGCUCCCACCAUCCGUGCCCUCCGGGACCCUACUGAGGUGAACGUUGGGGGUUCUGUGGACAUAGUCUGCACCGUUGAUGCCAAUCCCAUCCUCCCUGAGAUGUUCAGCUGGGAGAGGCUGGGGGAAGAGGAGGAGGACCUGAGCCUGGAUGACUUUGAGAAGACCUCAAAGGGAUCUACGGGGCGUCUGCGGAUUCUCCAGGCCAAACUGUCGCACGCUGGCGCUUACCAGUGCAUUGUGGACAACGGCGUGGCUCCCGUGGCAAGGGGCCUGGUCCACCUUGUCAUCAGAUUCGCUCCCCAGGUGGAUCACCCCACCCCCCUAACCAAAGUGGCAGCAGCUGGUGACAGCACCAGCUCAGCCACGCUCCACUGCCGCGCCCGAGGUGUCCCCAACAUCGACUUCACCUGGACCAAAAAUGGGGUCCCUCUGGAUCUCCAAGAUCCCAGGUACACAGAGCACAGAUACCACCAGGGUGUGGUCCACAGCAGCCUCUUGACCAUUGCUAAUGUGUCUGCGGCCCAGGACUACGCCCUCUUCACAUGCACGGCCACCAAUGCCCUCGGUUCGGACCACACCAACAUCCAGCUCGUCAGCAUCAGCCGCCCUGACCCUCCGUUGGGACUGAGGGUUGUGAGUGUGACCCCUCACUCGGUAGGACUGGAGUGGAAGCCAGGCUUUGAUGGGGGUCUGCCUCAGAGGUUCCAACUCAGGUAUGAGGCCCUUGAGGCUCCGGGAUUUUUCUAUGUGGAUGUCCUGCCACCCCAGGCCACCGUCUUCACACUGGCUGGCCUGAAGCCUUCCACACGAUACCGGAUCUGGUUGAUGGCCAGCAACGCCCUGGGGGACAGUGGCCUGACUGACAAGGGGACCCAGGUCUCCAUCACGACGGCAGCUGUGGACCAGGCUCCUGAAGACACUGACCACCAGCUGCCCACAGAGCGGCCUCCUGGACCCCUGGGGGUACCCUUGCUGGCCGUGCUGUUUGCCCUUGGUGGUCUUCUGUUGCUUUCCAGUGCCUCCUGUGUGGGGGGACUCCUCUGGCGGAGAAGACUCAGGCACCUUGCUGAAGAGGUCUCAGAGAAGACAGAGGCGGGGUAAGAGGAGGAUCGGACCAGGAAUGAAUACGGGGAGAGUCAGUGGGUGGGGGACACAGGAAGCUCCAAGGUUAGCACAGCAGAAGUGGAACCACAUUACCACACCAUGAGAAACUUCAGCCCCCAGCUCUCCCCAACACUAGAAGAAAUGUCUUAUGGCCAAGGUAUUGAAGAUGCCGACAUGGUCUUCCCAGGACACCUGUACGAUGAGGUGGAGAGAGCCUAUGGGCCGCCUGGGGUCUGGGGACCCAUCUACGAUGAAGUACAAAUGGACCCCUACGACCUGCGCUGGUCUGAAGUCAAGUAUGAAGAUCCGAGGGGAUUCUAUGAUGAGGUGGCCGCAGACCUGGGUGCGGCGGGACCUAGUUCUCUGCCCUUCGAGCUGAGGGGACAUCUGGUGUGA